AUGGCCCAGCAAGCCCCCACUAUGCAGAUCGACAACCUGCUUGCGCAGGUCAAGGUGCUUGGUAGUUCUCUCAAUGUUGCAGACCGUGCGAAAGUCCAAAAGUCUCUACUUGAUGCUCUAUCCCAUGUGGAAACUCCAUAUGAGCAUAUGCUCAGGCUAUCUGGAUCCCUCGCUUGUAUCCGUUUUGGUGCGGAUAUAGGACUGUUCAAAGCCUUGGUGGAGAGCCAGGAACCAUUGACAUGCAGCUAUCUCGGUGAGAAGCUUAAUGCUAACGCUAACAUUCUCGGCCGCAUUUUACGACUUCUGGCCUCGGCUAGGUUGGUGAAGCAGACUGGGUUGGAUACAUUCACUGCAGAGAAGAUAACCCAAGAGUUGGCAGCCCAGGCCAUGGAGUCUGGCGCGCAUCUUCUGUUUGAUAUCCACAAUCGAACGUACCAGGCUUUACCGGAUUACCUCUGCGAAAAUAAAUCCAAGGACGUCGACAAUAUGCACAACGGUAUUUUCCAAAAGGCGUUUAGUACAGAUCUUUCGUGCUAUGAGUAUCUCGUCCACAACCCCAAAUUGCAGGGCUUUAUGCAGGACGCCAUGAAACUCAACCAGACAGAGGGUGACUGGCUGUCUGUCUUGCCUAUGGAAGACGAGAUCAAGCGGUGGCAGGCCUCGGAUCCUGAUCGUGUUUUAUUUGUCGAUAUCGGUGGAGGCAUGGGCCACCAAUGCAUCCGGCUACGGGGUAAAUACUCGGAUAUCCCUGGGCGUGUGGUUUUGCAAGACAUGCCAAUUACGGUUGAGCGAAUUCCCAAGCCGAUGCCUCAUGGCAUUGAAGCUAUGCCAUAUAACUUUGAGGAGCCGCAGCCGAUCAAGAAUGCCAAGUUCUACUACACACGCAAUGUCUUACAUGGACUAACUGACAGCGCUAGCAUCGCAGCGCUUAAAAAUGUAGCUGCUGCAAUGGGUACAGAGUCUCUCCUAGUUAUCGACGACCUCAUUAUUCCUGACGAGGGCGCAUGUACGCAAGCCUGCCAGUUGGACUUUGUCAUGAUGGCAUCUAUCGCAGGAAAGAAGAGGACAAGAGACCAGUGGGAGGAUAAGAGAAAAUAUAACGAAUACAAAUGCAAGCGCAACUCUCAAUUCUUGUAA